CAGUUCGCUGAGUGCCGUUGAGCGUUACGGAACUGAUUAAAUCUCGUGAAAAGUGUUAACGUAUUCAAACCCCCUAAAUAUAAAAAAAUUUACAGACCGCCCUUUGCCCCGUGUCCGAUGACAUUCUAGGGGGGCAAACGACGUUUCCGAAAACCCUCACCCUCAUUAAAAAAUGGAAUAAACUUCAACAUUCCAAUUAUUCCCCGAUAAACACUCGCCAAACUGCAGGUUUCACUUUAAUCCGAAACUUCUCGAUUCAUUUAUCAAUUUCAUCCCAAAAGUUUAGUUUCCGAUUUUUUUUCCAUUAUUUAUUACUUAAAGUUGUGAUGAAAUGAGCAACAUUCGCUGAAAAGUGCGUAAAGUAAACGAAACACCGAGAGAAGAUCAGCCACAUGCCGUCACUUUUGCAACAGCUGAUUUCAUCAUAAGAACGUCGGUCAGUUUUGGAUCGAGAUUAAUGAAAUAAUUGAAACCUUGAGAUUUGUCUAGAUUUUGGCGAUGUCGUUUGAAGGAGAGAAUGAAAAUUCAUUGGAGAUAUCGAGUGGUGAGACGAUGAAACAUCCUCAACAUCGGGACGGAAUGCAAAUUCAGAUGGAAUCUAGGGAUUCCGUAAUGAAGAGAGAGGCACAUCAGGAACAGACAAUUACACGAGAGCCUCUACAUCAAUUUGGUAAAUCACUGGGUAACUUGUUGCUUGAUCUACCACCACCCCCAACACCAACACCUGGAUCUUACUAUCAAGGGCAUUCACAGGAGUCAGGGUACAGACCUGAGACGAUCAAGGAGAGCCCUUUUGAAGGGGACAUGUCGAUUUCCGAUUUAUUCGGACUUGGGAUGCCAAGAGGGUCCUUGAUGGGCAGUCAAUCGUCAACAGGCUCAUUCCCAGGAUUUCGACAUCACACACAACAACAUAGACGUAAUUAUGAGCAGAGUCAACAGUUCAAUUAUCAGCAGUGGGAUGACGAUAGUAGUGGCUACCAAACGUAUGCAUCCAGCGACAUGCCGGGUACACCGAAUUCCUUGACCACACCAGGAAGUCCAAGUACAACUGGCAGUAUUAAUUCGUACUCGUACAAUUACUCCCCAAGUAUAACCAACUCAUCAUCUCCCUCGUCGACUCGAUCAUACUACAAUUACACAGGUUCGCCGUCUUCAUCCAUCUACUCGAAUAAUUAUGGUCGUCCAAUACGAGGCUCUCCACCUUACAGCGAUUGCAGUAGCCCAACGAUGGAUCAACCUCACAUGAUUGGCUGCAAUUGCUCGCGAUCCAAUUCACCAGCAGAUUCUGACAUGAGUGGGGCUAGUGCUGUGGAUUUUUUUCUGCCUGACAUGAUGAACGGUUUAUCACUUAAUCGUUCAUACUGCUCGGAUUCAAUAAAUUCAAUGAUUGAUUCAGACAUGGAGAGGUAUCACAAUAAUCGAGCAGCUUCUAUUCAACGUAUGACGAUGAAAAAAUUUCCACCUGCUCCUCAUCAACUACCAUCACCACAUGGAAUUCGUCAUCAUCAUUGCUGUCCAAACAACAAUUCCGUUAUAAAUACCAACUCACUCACUACUGAAUCACAAAUUUCUUUGGAUCGUGCCGCCAAAUUUCAUAGGAAUGCUGCUGCCCUUUGUGAGGCAACGCACACCUGGAGUGGUACAUUACCAACACGUACGCAAAAACCAACAGGAUAUUCGUCCAAAGUUUUCCUCGGUGGUUUGCAAUGGGACAUUACUGAGGCACUUCUCAUGCAUACAUUCAAACAGUUUGGACCGAUAAAAGUUGAAUGGCCAGGAAAGGAGCAAUCGACACCACAACCUAAGGGAUACGCCUACAUAAUAUUUGAAUCAGAGAAACAAGUCAAAGCACUCCUAUCGUGUUGUACACAUGUAUUCUCGAAUGGAGGAAGUUAUUACUACAAAAUUUCAUCUAAGAGGAUGAAAGGCAAAGAGGUUCAAGUAAUUCCUUGGGCAUUGACUAACAGCAACUACUCCAAAUCAACGUCUCAAAAAUUGGACCCAGGAAAGACUGUUUUUGUUGGAGCUCUUCAUGGUAUGCUCACAGCUGAAGGCCUAGCAACGAUAAUGGAUGAUCUUUUUGACGACGUUAUUUACUGUGGUAUUGAUACCGACAAACACAAGUAUCCAAUUGGAUCAGCUCGUUUGACAUUCAGUAGUAAACGAUCCUACAGAAAGGCAGUUGCUGCCGCAUUUAUUGAAAUAAAAACAACGAAAUUCACGAAGAAGGUGCAGAUCGAUCCAUAUCUGGAGGAUUCAGUGUGCUCUGGGUGUCGUGUGCAACAGGGGCCAUACUUCUGUCGUGAGCCGAUGUGUUUCAGAUACUUCUGUCGCGGUUGCUGGCUCUGGCAGCACACAAUGGACUCAAUGCGUCAUCACAAACCUCUCACUCGUAACUCCAAAAUCAAUCAAGUCGUUGGAUUGACACCGAAUUUUCGUUCUCACGGUACUGGCAGCCGUACCCAAGUUGGUUCAAUCUAAGAGAAUAACCGAACUACAACAGUCACCACACCAAUUCACCAAAAAUGGAGAAAAUAUUCGGGAAAUUCCUCGUGAUAUUCUUCUGUUAAACUGAUCGUGUCCAGGAGCUUGUCAACCCAAAGGAUUGAUAACUCUUCUUCACUUGAACAACAUCAUAAUUGGUACUGUUGAUCAUGGGUACUUUUGUUCAUCAUUUUUUUUUUUGUUUUUUUUGCCUAUCGAGGCAAGUUUUGAAUCACGUUGUUAUUAUCAGUAAUAAUUGGUAGCGUCGUUCAAUCGUAAAAGUUAAGCAUGAAAAAUGCCUAAUUAUCAUGUGAACGUGAAAAGUGAAGGAAUAAUUUAUAUGGAGAGGGCGUUAAAGAACCAUUGCCUAGAUUUAUAAGAGUAUUUUUUUUUUUUAUUUAUUCGUUUAUUUGGGGUUUUGACUCUCAAGUUACCGUGCAAACCAUUUUUUUUUAAUAAUGGAGAAAAAUAUAUAUUGAAAAAUAUAUACAUUAAUCGUGCUAAAUUGUUAACGCACUGACGCACAGUGAAUUCGAUUAUUCGAUAGAGCUAGACUAGAUCGUGGCUUUUAUAGUGAAGUAAUGAUUUUUUUUACAUAAUGAGUGUAGAAAAUCGUUCACUGUUCGAUUGAUAUGUAUCACUCUAAAAAUAAUCGAUGAGAUUGGCUUUUUCUACGUUGUUAUACGUUUAUAUUCGUUCGAGCGUUUACUUGAUCCUCAAUGAUGUGUCUUAGAAUGAUUUGCCAAGUUAUUCAUUAUUCAAGUGAGUUUUAUUAUCAUUUUUUUUUCAUCUUUCUGAACACUCCAUGAAUUAUCAUGAUUAUAAUGAUUAUUGUUUGAGGCUUUCAUGUUAUAAUUUACAGUUGAUCAUCGAUUUUUGGGUGGUAUUGGUUCAAAUCACAUACAAAAAACGAAAGUAGAAGUCUAGAAAAAUCGAUUAUGGCAUUAAACAUUGUUUAAAAUAAUUCAUUACGUCGAGAUAAACGAAGAUCUGGUGAUGUUAAUUGAAGCGCGAUUCUUUUUUCCAAUAAUUUCAUUUAUUAGUAUGCCGUUAUAAUUUUUUUUACGCCAGGUUGUACAGUGUAACGAUUUUGGGUUAAUCAAGACUGGAAGAGGGCCAUAGAUUAUUAAGAAAAAAAAAGAAACAAUGUUCCAGGAUGUCUGUGAUACGCGAGUGAAAAAGUUUAAUUGAUUUAUUCGAAACUAUUCAUUAUCGGCGAUUUAGCACAGACUAAUUUACUCGUUGACGAAAUUAGAUAAGAAAAAAUUACGCGAUUUACAAUUUCCAGGUGAAAUUGUAGUAAAUCGAUUGUGGAUUUUUUUUUUUCAUUUUAGUUUUAGGUUUUUUUUUUCAUUAUUGCGUUCAUUGUAUUUGUUACGAACAGGCAAUCGAAAGAUUUGACUGUAGUUGGGUACAAUUAUAUUUUGGCCUCUUUUCAAUUCACUCCCCAAAUUGAAAAUGAAAAAAAAAAUCAUGCUUUUUCAUGCUGUCUUUUUUUGCUUUGUUAACAAAAAAACGUUGAAUUAAAAUUCAUACUUUUGCAGAUUA